AUGCUGCUCGAGCGAGUGCGCGCGACGUGGAGGCGGCAAUUUCGCGUGUGCUGGCAGCCAUUUCGCCGGCACGCAGGGCGCAAUUUGAUUGUCAGGACAACGCGCGGUGGUGAAGAACGGUCGUCGGCGGCCAAGACUGGGUGCGAGAAGGCUGGGCGGAUUGGCGCGCCCCGGCGAGCGGCCCUCACCACCUCUGCAUCAUCGCUCGCCUUCUUUUCCUCAACACCACCCCAAGGCGCGCACGCCGUCCACACCAACGCCUCGCCGCCGACCGCUCUCACGCCCUCCCCGCUGCAUCUCAACGCACCGCGCGCCCCCGCCGCCUCGCUCCACCCCGCCGGCCGAGGAACAAAGCCGCCCCACGGAUUGCACCUGUCUGCGCCGUUGCGCGUUGCUUCCGCCGCCUGCCUGCCGCACUCGAGCGCCCCGGCCCCGCGUUCCCGCACCCAGGUCAUCGCAGCCUCCACGCAGCCCCUCGCACAAUUUUCCAAAAUACCGUUGGCCGAGCGCAAGGCGGAGGACGGGCUUGAGGGGGUGCAGGGGAGUUACGGCGACGGCGCCGACGGAGCGAAGGGGAGGAGUAUGCCCGGCAUCGUCUCGAUGGAUCGAAAUGGCGCGCAGGGCGCCAGCUUGGGCAAGCUGGAAGACAGAGCGCUGGCCGCAUCCGCCGCCGCGCACUCCAAGCUCAAUGGCGAUGUUCCUCUGCCGCACGUCGACCGUCCCUCGGACAUGAACGGCAAAGCCAUCACGAACGGCGCAGCCUCGCUGUCGCAAUCCCCGGCUGCCAACCACUCGCAACUGCCACCGGAGCUGACCCACUUCACCGAGUUCUACAUGCCCUUCGGCAAGCUCGUCGAGAGGGUCGCGCAAGAGACGAACGUGUCGCUCGGUGAGCUCCUGGAUAAAAUGAGCAACCUGCAGGUAUCGUCCGCUCCUGUGAUGAAUGGCAUCAAUGGGCACGCCAUGAACGGCGCCACGCCCCAGUCUCGGGACAAUGAGGAAAAGAAGACAUUGAUGUUGAACUGGGCGUGGGGAGAGAGGGAGAAGUUCAUCAAGCUUCUCGUGCUGUCCAAGUGGAGUCGCAACUGUGAUGAUGUGAGCAAGAUGAUAGACCUGAACGCAUGGUUGACGGAGCAAAUGAACCAUUAUGAAGAGGCGCCUAAAUGGAUCGGCCAAUUGAAGCUCAAUAUGGACCCCGCAAAGGCUCCUAAUCCGGAUCUCAAGACCGCGCUCGAGGUGCUCAGCACCGGCAAGGCCCCUUGGAUGCCAGACUUGGGCUACAUUCCCGCCGAACCACUGACUCCACAGCAAAUGCUCAAGACUGUCACCAAUCUGAAUGCGCUCUUGGCUAUCCGUAUCAACCUGCAUGAGGAGCUGCCGCGCCAUAUGAAAGACUGGUCCAUCGCGAGCGGCCGCGCCACAUUCCGGGUCCCAUCUGAAUUCGAGCUCGACGUUUCUAUAGCGGACGAGGACCCUGCCUCCCCGUUCUUCAUUGUCGACGUGCGAUUUCUGUUCACUCCCAAGCCAGAGGUUCCAGAUGGUUGGUUUCGGGAGUGGGUCGAGCCCGAGGCGAACACUGUUUUAGCUAGCUCGGGCCUGAGCGGGAUCUACGACUGGUUACAUGGCUUUGUGCUAACACAUAAGCUCACGACGCUCAAGAUGCAAGCCUACGAGCUCGCGCAGACAUCCUGGGCCAACUCCAUCCAUGUCCAACAGGUUCAUCGUUCAUUGACAGUACAAUACUGGACUGGUACCUCUGGAGCGAAAAGUUGGAUAGAGAUUGGCAUCUCCAGCGGCAAAUCCAAGGACGGGAAAGUAUCGUGGCGUGGUCCCAGCCCGCCCCAGCUCUCUCUCCGGUGGACGCGUAAAGGAGUGCCAGUCGAGAAUAUCCCUAUCGAGAUCGAUUGGACCGACCUAUCGUUGGAGAGAAUACUGAAAGCCAUCAUCGCCUUGCAUAUCAGCUUCAUUUUGGACUCAAUACGCGACCAAUUAUCCACCCUGUCCGAGAAACGAUCUGGCCUAUCGAUGGAGGCAAUCACUUCAACUACCGAACCAGCUGACUGCUGCUUGCGCCUGCUACCAGGCCGCAUGGCUAAGGCGACAGAAGUGAGGAUAGAUCCUAUUUCCGGAGGACUAUCCUUAAGACCAGUAACACCCUUCUCAUUGCACUUGGAGAGGGAUAUAAGAGACAUUGCCACAGAGGCCGCUCCAAGGAUCGAGUCAUUGAUCUGCAACGAUCUUCGGAAUCGGGUUGACAAGGAGGCUAAUAAUGCGGGCUGGACGAAACUCCGCCACGUCAACAUUCGACCUGAUGCUACAAGCGAAGCAGUAAAUCAGAAGGUGGUUGCUCAGAGCUUCUAUCGCUGCCAAAACUGGAACUCGAAAUGGGUGCUGGGACUAACCGUGAACCUCGAUGGAGAGAACUGGUGGCUGGUAGAAUUGUCCAACGAGAGCAUCGGAAACAGUAUCCUGGAGGUGAUUCCGCUCAUGGGAACCUCUCCCUCUGAAAGGAGACACCCAUUGUCCUACCAAUUUCUGCGUGCCGUCGAAGAGUUCGCCAGUGCUCAGUUUACAUUUGCGAUUGCGGUCAAAGAGCUCAGACGUAUGCAUGUGCCGCAUGUGCUACGCAUCCUCCGCAACCAAAAGAGGAAAAAGUAUCCUACGGAUCAUCCUACAACACAAAUUACGCCAGCACUAUACAUCAAGAGCGGCCCACUCCUUGGCGAGAAGGAGGGCCACAACAGCUGGGCAGGCGACAUACUCAGACUCCAUCACAAGGGACUGGACACAAAGACUGGCACCAUCAUUCAUGCGGUCAAGGGGCAAAUGUCACAAGGGCAUGUGGACUUCAACUUGGUAUCCUCACAAGCUGGAGACGUUUCUUUCAACAGUGACGGCACCUUUGAGGUCAGGUUGCGAACGCCUUUUGGCGAGCCCUUCCUGGAAAAAAUCAUCAACCGUCUCAAACGCAUCGAGCGUCUUGGCAGGAUCGUUGAUGUUGCCAAAGAUCAGAAGCUGCACUGCUCCCACAUCAGCUUAUCCCGGGUCGUGUUCCGCUACUGCGGCAACUACAAGGCCGACAUCCGCUUCCCCGAGGGCUCGCCUGUUGAGCUUCACAUCUCUCCCAACAAUCCCCAUCGCCGGGUCGCAGCUUUCCUUAGGAAUGUGCUCAACGACCGGGAUAGCAGCAAGUCUUUUCCUUACUUCAUGAAAAUUCUUUCACAAACUGUGCCAUUGCUCAGAGGAUUUGAGUCGAUGGAAAACAGCGCACCCGCUCCGGCUUCUAUACCUCAACCCUACAUCAACCCCCGCAGCUUGGACUGGUAUCGCCUCUCCUACGAAAACCCCCUUACUACUUUUGAUAUCCGGUUACGAACUCGACAUGACGCAAUGGAAUGGCACAUUCACGAUUCAUCGAACCAGCAGGCACACCCCCGCUCUCCAGAAUUCGCUGCCGCGAUGAAGGAGUUCCUCAGGCAAAGCGGCGAGAAAUGGAUUGGUGUGAGAACUGGUAUCGUGGCGAGAAUCGAUGGUGUGGAAGAGGCAUUGAAGAAACUGGAUGAGAUAGUCAAGAAACACCAGAAGCCGGUCGUGGACCGACCAGUCGGUGGCACUGCGGCCGCCGCGCAGCAACCACCCGGUCCUACCCAGCAGAAUUCUCAGCAGAACAAGCCGCAGGCGCAGGGCCAAGCGAAGCUGCCGAAUCAACAGCCCGCCGUGAAACCUGAUCCGGAAGUCAUCAUGCUGGAUUGA